AUGCCGUUCAUUGUCAGCGAAGAUAUUGCAGAUGAGGACUUUGAUUCGCUUUUCGCAAUUCAGUACAAGGCUUUUUCCAACCAACCAGCUCUAAAAGCCUGUUCCCCAGAGGGCCUCGAUAAUCCUGGUCGCUCUGAGAAUGUCGCACGAUUCAUAAACGUUCUUGGAUGGAAAGAGUCUAAUGUUGUGGCAGCCAAAGUGGUUGACGACGAAACGGGAGAAAUUUGUGCGUUCGCCACAAUGCGGGUUUGCGACGGGAAUCCGUUUGCUGGCGCGAAGGAUAGCGAUAUCCAUUGUCCACAAGUCGACGAAGGGAUGAGAUCAGCGGUGGAGUGGACUUUGAAUACGAAGAAUGAUCGGUGCGCAACGCUCUUAGUGAAGUGGGCCGCGCGAAUCAUUGAUGAAAAGGGAUCCAGGGCCAUGGUCGAAGCUAGCAAAGAUGCUACACAGUAUGGGCUGUAUUCGAAGCAAGGUUUUCGGAUAGUGGACACGUAUGACUACAUCGAUGAACAGAAGUUCCCAGGGUUUGAGGGGAUGUAUGUUGUCCCAUGGUCAGAGAUGCCCAAGACCGAUAGAAAUCUAGUAAGACUAUGGCAGUGA